AUGGGCACCUCGCGGGUGCACAGCACACGCGGGACGGCGGGAGCGCGAUGGAGCGCGAUCUCUCCAGGUCCACGUAGCAUCGCCAGCAGCACGCGUGGGCCACACGGGCUGCAGCGUCGUCAUGGCUUCCGCGUCCUUCGCUUCAUGCUGACAUGCGUCAUCGCACUCCACGCCGUCACGGCUCCGCUCUCCGCCUGUAACGCUCACAUACUCCAUGCAACAGCGCCACCUUCCAUCAAGGCUGAGACCCCGGCGUCCCCCUCUUUUUUUCGUCCGAACGACCUCCCCCCCGCCGUCCCCGCAGCACCGUGGCGCACGCUCAACGAGUCGCUCUUGCCCUACCCCGUCUUCUACCCCGCUAUCGCCUUGCUGAACAACUCCAUCUUGCUGCUCGGCGGCUGCGCCACGGCAAAUUGUGCCACACCCGUCGGGGCGUCAGGAACGAGGGUUGCCGCAUCGCGCCGUCAAGCAAGCGCAGCGACCUCCGUCAACUCGCCGUACCACGAGCGCUUGCUCUCCUUGAACGUGGAGAAAGGCAACAUCACAACGCCGCCGCAGCUGACGCUGCCUGCCGGGCUAGGCUUCGCUGGCCGCUACGCAGCCGUCACGCUCACCGAUAGUGUCUACGUCGCGCGUAGCUGCACCAUGAGCACACGAUCACCAGCCGAGGUGGCGAGCAUGACGGCAGAGGAACUGCAGGCAAUGCAGGCAGCCUACGCGCCGGUGGUAGCGUUCUACCCGGAAGGAACGGCGCACGCGAGCACGCGCACCGGUGGUCCAGACCCGCCACCAGCAGUGAACCUGACCUACUUCAACGUGCCCGCCGAUCGCGUGCGCGUCAACGCCAGCUGCACCGCUCUCGCAACGGAAAACAAAUUGCUCAUCGUUGGCGGCUUCCUGCUCUCCAGGAAGCGCGUCACGGCCAGCGUUGACUCCUUCAAUGUCGUCACGCGCAAGUACGACGCCGAUGUCGCCUUCCUGACCACACCUGUGUUGCAGCCAUCCGUAGCGACAUCGACCGGGUUCGCUGCAGUUGCAGGCGGCUGGACCUACGAGGCCGACACCACGACCAGCGCAACUCGCGAAGCUAGGGCACUGCAAGAGAAGUGCCGCGUUAGUCGAAGCAGCAGCGUUGCCGCGAGCGGUGAGCCACUGCAUCUAGCCCAGGAGCUGGCGACGCCGCCAGGAAAGUUAUCGGCAUCCCCCCGCUCUGACACGCCAUCAUCACCGCCGUCACGGCCCGUACCGUCACCGGCGCCACUGCAGCCAGUGGCACGUUACUUGUUCGAUCUCUUGUUCUUCGAACCCGACAGAGUACGUGGCGGCGCACGCGCCGCGCCACGUGGUGCGCUGCAGACAAGGGGAAGCAUCUGCGUGUCGCCGGUGGACUCCUCUACCCUACCGCGCACAGCCGUGGAGGACAUUCUUCUCUCACCCAACGGCUGCCACGUGGCGGUGUUUGGUGGCCAGGUGGUGCUGGUCGAUCACAACCUGGGACAUAUCGCGACGCUGGAUAUACGCGCGAGGCUGGCACAAGCGUUCGCCGCUCGUGCGCCGUUGGUCCUGCCACCGCCGCCGGUGGUGACGCUGCUUCGGACAGCGAAGCCGAACACUGCCGCACGUGCGUUCGCCGGAGCCGAGAGUGCGGCAAGCUGGAAUGCCCAGGCCAGCAGCUACCAGAACGAUCACGCCGCAUCGACGGCCGUGUCUGCCAGCAGGGGAAGCAGCAGUGCAGCGCCGAUGACCUCCUCGACGUCAUCGUCUUCUUCGGCCACCGCCUCAUCGUCGUCUUCAUCGGCGUCGCUGCCGGAGUACCGCUACUCAUGGAUGCAGCCGACCCUUAUCCCGCUGCCCUACGCCCGCCGCCCCUCCCCGGCUGCUGCGCCAGGCCCGCCCGUCAUGGCGGACACGAUCCUUCUUUACUACGCACUCGGUGGCGAGAACGUGUGGUCAGAGGUGGUCACCGCGGCAGGCGACAAUGCUGCUGAUGAGGAUCUUCUCGAUCCAUCAGGCAGACAGCAUGUGGUGCCGCAGCGGCACGGUGACCCCUCAACUCUCCGUGCCACCGGCAAAGGCAGGGAAGUCGUCGUCCGUCGGGAGCCAACGCUUCGCUGGGCUCAGCGGGAGCUGCCGGACGUGCGCUACGAUAGAGACCGCCCCGAGCUGCUCGCCGUGACGAUGCCCACGCCGCUUUGGCCCGAUGCACUCACCCUGCAGACCAACUCCGAGGGCAUUAUCCAUCUCGCGUUUCCAGACCUCAACUACACACGCUACUGUAGGUGGAAUCGGCUUGCCUACAACGACGAUGACAAUGUGGUCUGCGCUGUCCGGCUCAGCAGUCGCCGCGACUGCGUCGGCAACACCGCCGGCACACUCGACAGCGCAUACGACGGCUCCCCGAACGCCACCAUCCUCUUCAGCGCCAGCGGCAGCACGACCCCGGUGUACGUAUGCUUCAGCUACGUGGUGCGGCCCACCUUGUGGCCUACGUGCCGCAUCCGGCAGUCCUUCUCCAUCUUGAAUCCAAUGAUGCCACUGCGCAUCCUCGACAACAGCCACACCACCUCCGCGCCGACGCCGACGCCGCGUCCUUCUCCGACACGCGACCCUGCCGACAACACCACCAGCUCCCCACUUUUCAUGCUCGCCGUUGGCCUGUCUGUCGUUACGCUGCUGGUGGCAGUGCUCCUCGCUGCGCGGCUUCAGCAUGUGCCGGAGGACGGGCUUCUGGUGAUGAGCCUGCUCGGCCGCGGCGAUGGCGCAGGUGACCAGCACGCGAGCCCCAGAAUUCGUGGCCGUGGCUGCAGCGGCGCCGCGAGGCACAACGGACAAGGCCGACGCAAGCGUCCUCUCUGCGGCAGCGACGAGCCCAACAAAGCCGCAGAUGCCGAGGAUGACGACGAGGCUGGUCUGUGCCCGAUUUCAACCUACGCCGAGUUCCUCCAGGUGGUUGGCAGCGCGGAAGAGGACAGUGAAGCGCGUAUGUUGGCGUCAGCGGCGGACGUGCUGCGGCUGCACCAACACCGCUAUCGCGUGCUGUCGCGGAUUGGCCAAGGGCCACACUCUCUGUGCUUCCUUGCGCUCCGCAAGGCACCGCCGCCGCCGCCGCCGCUACGGGUGCAGCCGCAGCGAGUGAGGGGGGCGGGUGCCGGCAUUAACCGAAGGGUGCGCAUGUCGGAUGGCGCUGCGAGGCCCGUCGCGCGCUCGUCCCUUUUCACGCGACCGCCGCCGUCGUUCCCAGCAGUGUCCACCACUCUCAGUCCAGGCGUCCCGACCCCCGCCACGACUCUGCCCUCCGUUGCCGCCACCUCGUCCCUGUGGGCCGCGCGGCACGACCAGCGCACGGCCGUCGUGGUCAAGUACACGCAGUGCCCUGACGACGCCACGCGAGCCGCCAUAACACGCCUGUGCGAGCGCCUCCGCGACCUUCGAGCGGACGCCGUUACGGAGGCUUUGGGUGCGGCAGGGGUGUAUAGACAGCACCGCAACAGUGCCCCGUCGCGUCACCCUCGCCGACUGUACCGCCCAUCAGACACGUCGGCGACGGUUUCCGCUACCGCCGCUCUUCGACCUUUGGAUGUGCCAACUCAGCUGGCAUGCGACAUCGCCCACAACGUGGCCAGCGGCGGUAGAAGCAGUCGCGGAGGUGCUGCGGCACAGGCGCGGAAAACGGAUGCCGAGGAUGCAACGGCACCACCAGCGAGCAGACGAGGCUGCAGUGCCGUCAUCGUCACCACAGGAAGCCGAGCGGGGUGUCAGCCGCUGCCGCUGCUGUUUUCCCCGGCGAGCAAGGCUCGCAUAAUCGACGGCGACGACGAUGAUGACGACAACAGCUGCGCAUGGCUCGACGCUCACGAGGUGAACGUCGUCCUCUCGCUCUUCUUGCUGCUGCCGGAGGACCUGUUCGUGUCGUACGAGGUGAGCGUUCUUCAGCAGCAAAACAGCAACAGCAGCAGCCAGCACGCGCACGUCAACCGCAGCGGCCGCUUGACGCCGCUAAGCGUGUCACGAGCUGCGGUGGAAUGGAAUUGCAGGCACGUCUGGCCCGGCACGAACGUCGAGCCGGCAAAGGCGUCUCAUCACCGCCAACGCCAUCGGUGCACACCGAUGCUGUCAGCAGGACAGAGCUUCCCCGAGCAGUUAACUCCGCGUGUAUGCUGGGCUGCCUGCGUGAACCCGCUCCAGCCCUCCACAGUCAGGCCGUGGAGUCUUUGCCUGGUCAUGCCGUACGAGCGCAGCGGCGACCUUGCCGGCUUCAUUUUGCGUAGCCAGCAAGCGCAGCUGCUUCCCGCAGAUGUGACGGGUGCGAAGGACAUGAAGCGCACCGGACUGCGCAGCAGAACCUCCGCGUCUCCGGCAUGUGUACCACCCGUCUACUACUGCUGGACCGAGUCGCUUCUCUGCUCUAUCCUCUUCCAAGUAUGCACUGGGCUUCAGCUGCUGCACGCGCAGUCGCCGCCCAUCCUGCACGGCAACAUCAAGCAGACGAACGUGCUGUUGCGGGAGCCGGUCUCCUUCUCGGUGGCACGACGGCGCGUGGUCGUCGCUGGAACGCCGGCGGCACUAACAGGGAUGAAGACGGGCGUGAGCAGCGAUCGCGGUGGACUCGAGGACGCGAACGGUGAUCUAGACAUGGCCACUGCCACAGUGCGCGUACCUGGAGCGCAGCAAGCAAGAGAGGAAGACAGUAGCUGGCAGGACCAUCGCCUGGAAGCCGGCAUGGCCGCUGCCGCACGACCGCUAUCUGCGCACGCAUCCUUCUGGCGGGCGAGCAGCUUGGUAGCUGCCGCCACCGCUGUCUGGCAAGCUGGUUCGCCGGUCUUGCGCUCCCCGCUAUCCAUCGGAUCACCGCCUUCUCUCUUCCGUGCUGGCGCGACAGUGUCGCCACCCACGGCGGCUUUCUCGCACGACGCGCCGCAGGAAGGACAACGACAACUACAGCCAUACGAAGACGAACAGCUGUCGACACAGGAGCCUGCACGGCACCUGCUCAGCGCGCACACCUACUUGCCCAUCAGCGUCACGGACGGCGGUAUGUCGUGGUGGUUGACGGUGCAACUGCCGCUGCGGCUACGCGGGUGCUUCGGGCUCACAACCCGCUCCACUCUUCGCCAGACCCCCGCUGGGCUCUGCUGGCUGCGCCGGCUUGACUCGCCCCCAUCGUCGCCGCCGCCGCCCACCACGACGAAGCGCAGCGUCCUGCCGUCCGACGGCUGCCUUGCGGCGCUAGCUGACUUCUUGUUCACCUUUAUCGAUGUGCCUACACACGUCGCACCGGAGUUGCUGUGGGGGCGACUCUGCACGCUGUCGCAGUCUGACCACGGUUAUGAUGGUAGUGGUGCUGCUGCCGGUCUCGCCGUGCUCGGCUCGUCGCUGACGCAGUCAUCGUCGUCGCUCCACUCCACUCGAAACCGGCGAGAGCAGUACGUGGCGAGCUCUCGCCGCGACGGCCAUCAACGCGGCGACGGCGAUAGUCUCACGCAUCGGCGUUGUGGUGAUGUCGCGCGCGAGCCCGCCGCGUCUCCGGCGUUGGGCUCAGCAAACCCCUUGCGUGCGACUACUAGUGACGAGCUGGGAGCGAACGCGACAGGGGACAAGCAAGCCCUCGGUGUGCUUCCUCAGCAGCAGCAGCAGCCACAACUACCGCGGCACGACGACCCGUGUGCGGACGAAGACAUGGACGAUCGAGAUGCGGAGCUCGACAUCGAUGAGGACGGUAUCUUCACCUGCGAGGAGGUGAAUGCGCUGACCUCCGCCAUGUGGAAGGCGGAAGGGCUCACCCGCGUGCCGCGCAGCCGCCGCCAUCACCGCCAGGCUCCUCCUCAGCAGCGCACCUCCGCGGCAGCCGUGGACUCCUUGCAACCAGGGCCUCUCGCUGCCUCCACCACCACGCCGGGCGGAGGCUCCGUGACAGACGUGACUCUGCAGCCGCUGCUGAACACCACCGGUGAGGACGGUGGCCAUCGGAGUUUGGGCGGUGAUAUUCGUGGAUUGCCGUCGAGCUUCUCUAACGCACCUCUGUUUGCAAGCGCUACCACAACGGCAGCAGGCUUGUCGUCUACAUCGUCUCCGCAGCCGACUUCACAGGCGCUGCACCAUCAUCACAAUGAUGUGGAUCGCCAACUCGGUGGCAACAGCAACACCAGUGGUCGGCGGAUGGCCGGGGGAGGAGGCUCGGUCGGUGGAGAGGGAAGCCGCAGCAGCUCGAGCGUGUAUGAGGUGCUCAUCCAACGGGUGCUGGCGAUGGACACGGCGAGUGACAUCUGGAGCCUUGGCGUGCUGCUCUACGGCAUGUGCGCCGACACUGCGGAUGCGCAGCAGCAGGAGGAGCAGCAGCAGCACCAAGCGUCCGCUUCCACAACGACCCCUACGCUGAACCCGCCACAUGCGACUGCAGCCGGCAGCUCUCCUGUCCGCGCGCACGAGGGCGUCGCUGGCACGCUGCCGCCUGCAAUGCCCACGUGCACGUGUGCGUCGCGGCUUGCCCAGCGCGCGUUUGCGGCACUCCUCGGCGACCUCUACGACCUUGCCGUAACAGGAGUGCCGAGUGGCGACCGUGGCAACAACGGGUGGAGCUGCGAUGGCGUGGAUGUGGAGCAGCUAGACGAAGCUGCCGAUGACCACCUCCGCUGGCCCCGCUCGUGUGCGCUGGAAGAGGAGGUCAUGCAGGCCAUCGGCGAGGCGGGCUACACACAUGUUUUCGCGUCCGUCCUGGCGAGCAUGCUAUCGCCCGUAGCGGCACGGCGUCCAAGCGCCGGCGACAUCGUGAACCAGUUGCGUCUCGUGACCACAGGCGCCCCUGCCACCCUUGCAUCCAACAUCAUGCGCGGCGGUGGAGGCGGCCUUGCGGAUGCAGAUGACGAGUACAGUGUCGCUCGGCAAAGCCCACCUCCGCGCAUCCAGCACAGCGGCGGCGCAAGUGAUGCCACGUCAUCCGUCAUGCUACACGAGCAGACGGCCUGCAUGGCGCUGCGUCAGCGAUGA